UCGAGGUAAUGUAACACAUAUCAUAAUGAUUGUACCUUAAUUGAAAAAAAAAACUUGAUUUAAGAUCUUAAUAUCUGUGGAAACACGUCAUCCCUGCUGAAAAAACCAGCAUAUGCUGGUAGGUAUGUUUUGAUGCUGGAAUGCUGGUUAGGUAGGUGUUGAUGCUGGUUUAAGAUGGUCCUUUGCUGGUUUUUGCUGGUCAUGUUGCUGGUCAAGGACCAGCAUAAACCAGCUAAGGACCAGCAUUUUACCAUACGUGGAGGUUUGAAGGUGUGCAUGUGGAUUUUGUUGGUAGAAGAGGUGAGAGGUGUUCGAGCUCCUCCUCCGCGGCUCCGCCCAUUUCCAGCGUUUCUCCGCCGUUUCACACUCGCACUAUACUGCAUGAUCAUACACUGGAGAGCUGAUGCUGGAGGACGCUGUGGACUUAAAAUGAAUAUUCUGCAGGUACUUCUCGCUGUUAUGUGUUUCAGCUUCGAUAACGCUCAGGGUUUUAACGUGGGGACUUCUGGAGCUAAGAUCUUCUCAGUGUCACCAGCAGAACAGUUUGGUUACUCUGUUCAACAGUUCAGCAACAGUCAAGGAAAAUGGCUCCUCGUGGGUUCACCAUGGAAAGGAUACCCUCAGAAUCGGAAGGGAGAAAUCUAUAAGUGUGAUGUUAGCAGCCCUGGAGGCAGCUGUCAAUCACUUAACCUUCAGAAUUCUGUCAAUAUGCCAACCAUAUCCAACAACAACAACAUCAACAUGAGUCUUGGUCUCACUCUGACUCCAACGCUCAAAAAUGGCGGAUUUAUGACAUGUGGUCCUCUGUGGGCUCAGCUCUGUGGAAGUCUGUACUUUUACCCAGGAAUCUGUGCUGAAGUGAGCCCACAGUUUACACUCCAGUCGGCUUUUUCUCCUGCCACUCAAACUUGUGGCAGUGUAAUGGACAUCGCCAUAGUUUUGGAUGGAUCCAAUAGUAUAUACCCAUGGGAACCAAUCGUUGAGUUCCUCAAAAAACUGUUGGAAAACUUAGACAUUGGACCUCAAAGCGCUCAGGUGACUGUGAUGCAGUACGCUGUUGACACCUCGUUCGAGUUCUACCUGAAUUCCCAUCGGACAAAAGAUUCCAUGAUUAAAGCAGCUUCAAAUAUUCAGCAGAAACAAGGAUUAGAGACUAAUACUUUCAAAGCCAUUGAUUUUGCCAGAAAGAAUGCAUUCCUAGCCAAAAAUGGAGGUCGUCCUGGGGCCACUAAAGUGAUGGUGGUGGUAACUGAUGGAGAGUCACAUGAUGCUAGUCUGAGGAACACAGUUAUACCGGCCUGUGACAGCCAAAAUAUUACUCGCUUCGGCAUUGCGGUGCUUGGAUAUUAUUUAAGAAAUGACAUUGACACAAGCAAACUCAUCGCUGAGAUUAAGUCAAUAGCCAGCAGUCCAACCGAGAAAUUUUUUUUCAACGUGUCUGAGGAGGCAGCACUUAUAGAGAUCGUCGGGACUCUUGGAGAUCGAAUCUUCAACAUUGAAGGUGUUGGAAAAGGUACUGGGGAUAAUUUCAAAAUGGAAAUGUCCCAAGUGGGGUUCAGUGCACAUCAGACCAGAAAUAAGGAUGUGAUCUUACUGGGAGCAGCUGGAGCAUAUAAUUGGAUCGGGACCAUUGUGCACCAAACUGCUCAGAAAUCUGACGUGUUGCCCAAAACUGCUUUUGAGAAAGUCUUGGAGGACAGAAACCACAGUUCAUUACUCGGAUACUCUGUGACGUCUGUGACCGACGGCUCGUCUGAGUUUUAUGUGGCCGGUGCUCCUCGUGCCGUUCACAGAGGACAGGUUGUAGUUUACAGCAUCAACAGCCAGAAUCAGCCCGUCAUCAUAGAUUCACAGAGAGGAGAUCAGAUCGGCUCUUAUUUUGGCAGCGUUCUCUGUCCUGUUGACGUGGACACUGAUGGUGUGACUGAUCUGCUGCUGGUCGGAGCUCCAAUGUACAUGAGCGAGGAGAAAUCUGAAACAGGAAGAGUCUACCUCUUCGCCAUUACCAAGGGUGUCUUGAGUAACCAGGGCUUCUUGGAGGGUUCUCAGAAGAAUGCUCGGUUUGGGGCGGCCAUCACUGCCGCCCCCGAUCUUAACCUGGACGGCUUCAGUGAUGUGGUUGUUGGCGCUCCACUGGAAAGCAAUGGCCAAGGUGCCAUUUACAUCUACUAUGGAGACAGAAAAACCAUCAGAAAGCAAAGCUCACAGAAAAUUGUUGGAACGAAACUGGACCCAGCGUUGAAGUUCUUCGGCCGCUCUCUAGACAGCAGCAGAGAUAUGAACGGAGACUCGAUCCCAGAUGUUACGGUGGGGGCUUUUGGGAAAGUGGUCCAACUCUGGAGUAGAGGCAUUGCAGUGGUCACGGCCAAGGUUUCCUUCACCCCUGACAAGAUCAGUAUCCUGAGCAAACCGUGCCGCUAUAGCGGGAGGCAGGUGUCCUGCUUCAAGGCUAAAGUCUGUUUCAGUGCAACAUUUAAACCAGUCAAUCCACUGGGGCCAGUGGACGUCAAGUACAGCCUGACUCUGGAUGCCGACUUGCAGUCGUCUCGGGUCAGCCCGAGAGGUCACUUCAGCAACUUGGAUCGAGUCGUCCAGAAAGACAUCAGUGUCUCCACACAGGACGUGUGUGAAGAGCAUGACGUGUAUGUGCAGGAGACCCCUGACCUCGUCAACUCGAUUGCUUUGCGUGUGGAUGUAGUUCUCAGCCGCCCAGACGCCGACCCCGUUCUAGACGUCUUUAGUCCUACUGCGUGGGAGUUUUUUAUCCCGUUCUCUAAGGACUGUGGUCAAGAUGAAGUUUGCUUCAGUGACUUGGUACUGACGGUGCAGAGUGAAGAGACACUUGGCAAAACUCAACUGGUGGUCAGCCAGAACAAGAAAAGAUUGUUCUUCACUGUGACCGUGAUGAACAGGAAGGAAAAUGCGUACAAUGCACGAGUGUCAGCCAGCUACUCCAGUAACCUGUUUUAUGCUUCUGUUAUACCACAGCAGACUGAAGGAGCAGAGGUGAAGUGCACUCUGAUGAAAGAAUCAGACACACUCAUCUGCCAAGUGAGCUAUCCAGCGCUGAGGAUGGACCAAUCGGUUACAUUUGUGGUCAACUUUGACUUUAACUUGAAUCAGCUUCAAAAAGACGCCAAUGUUGUCUUUGAAGCUUUAAGUGACAGCACAGAGGAAACUCCCGCUGAUAAUAAGAUCUCUGUCUCCAUUCCUGUCCAAUACAACUCUGAGAUCAUCCUCAGCAGAGAAUCAAACAUAGAUGUUUAUUUGCUUGAAAAAGAGGGGGAUUUCGCAACCACAGUGAAGAGUUUCAAGGACAUCGGCCCAGAUUUUAACUUUAACUUAAAGGUUUCUACAGGAAAUGUCCCAGUCAGUCUGGUUUACUUCACUGUCUCGCUGCCCAUCACCACCAAAGCAGGAAAUCCUCUCCUGUACACAACCAGCAUUAAAACUUCACCUGCUGAAAAAAUCCAUUGUGCGGACAGUCAACUGACUGACCCGUUUAAGAUCGGUGAAAAACCUUACACAGCCCGAAUCACAGAGGAGAGUUUCAGAGGAACAGAUGAACUGAACUGCAAAACGGCCACAUGCCGCUCAAUGAAAUGCGUCCUAAAGGACCUCGAGGGGAAGAGUGAUUAUUACGUGAAUGUAACCACAAACAUAUGGAAUGGCACCUUUGCAAUGGCUGAUUUCCUGUACACUGUGCUCUCUGUGAGAGCUGAAAUUGAGACGUCUCAACCAGAGCUACUGUUCAUCGAACAGAAACACCUGCAGGUUGAAGUCAAAGUGAGCAAACCUGGAGCUAAAGGAGGCGUUCCAGUGGGCGCCAUUAUAGGAAGUGUUAUUGGCGGUCUGCUAUUAUUGGCUCUUGCCGUCGCAGGGCUUUGGAAGCUUGGAUUCUUCAAAAGGAAGUAUCAACCGAUGAUGAACGCGGCCGAAAAUGACGCAGAAAAUCAGGAACUGCAGGAAAACAGUGACACGCCCUAAGAAACCCGCUGAGACCAAUUUGGAGAUGUCACUGCUUCCUUCUCUGACACGAAUAGCCAGAAAAGGGCUAGAAAGAGCAAACUGGGUUUUCAAAAAUUGCCAGUUUGAUUUCAGUGCAGCAAGUCAAAUAUUGGCUUUCAAAACCCAUUUAUCUCUGGUAUGUUUUGUUUCCCUGCUUGACUUGAACGCUGGUGUAUGUUUUUGGCACAGUCUUACCGCUGCCAUUCAUUUUCUGAGUAGUUAGUAUUCAACUAGAUCUUUGACUUUUGUGACUCAGGAUAUCAUUUUUUACACGCACGGAUGGUGGUCCGUAUAUUACACAAUAAGACUCUUUUUUUGUUUUGUUUUAUUUUACAGAAAGCCUUAAAUAUUAAAACCACACACUUUUACUGUGGCUGCCCAAAUUUGACGGAUUCAGAGAUAACAUAACUUUAAAGCUGCAUUAUGUAAGUUUUGCCUCUUUGUCGCCAUCUCUCUUUGAAACAUGCAAUUGCAUUUUUUGCGAAAUGAUCUUCUUUACUUGGGUUGUGCAUCGGCACGGCUCCUCAGUGUGGAGAAUCUAAUGUUUUGAGGUCAACGCACCAGUGUGGAUAUUUACUGUACUUUGGAAUUACUGAUACUAUGUCUUAAAAGUAUGUCCAAAAUAAGAAAAUGUCAUCUGAACAAGUAACAUGUCUACCAGUUUUGUUCAGACCAACUAAAAGAAAGAAGGUUUAUAAUAAAUCACACUACCAAUGCUCAUUAAGUCUAAAGGUCCUUGCAGAGUCCGAAAUUCUUGUCCGAAAUGUUCGCUUGUUAAAAAAAUUAACCAUCCGUCAUAAAAAAAAAGAAAAAAAGAUCAUAUUGGGUUCACUUUUUUUCAAUUUUUUGCAUUUUUCACAUCUGUAGCAAGCAUUUUGAAAGGUGUUUUGACAAUUUUUCUGUGUGUGACGAAUUUUGGCAAAUACGAAAAAAGCUCAUGUGCAAGGACCUUAGGGAUCACAAAGUUAGCUCAGAUCAUGUCAAAACGUGCAAAUUAUUAUUACUGUUAUACUGUGUUCUCAAAUUCUUAAUGUUACAACAUCAACAUUGCGUGAUUACGGGGUUUUAGUGUGUAUUAGCAUUAUCUGUAAAAUCAAUCUAAUCUGUAAUUGUCAUACCAUUCGAACGUCAUCGAAAGAAAAAAGAAUUUAAUGUUCUUUAGAACUCGUUCUAAAAUUACCCUUUAAUUGACCCUUCGCAAAAACCCUUAGUUACUGUUGCAGGGCUCUACUUUUCUUUUUAGGAGCACUUGUGCUCCUAACUUGCCUUAAAAAUGACCACAGUCCAUUAUCCUCCUCAUUACAAGGUGAUAUUUGACUCCUUAAAGUGAUUUACAAGGAAAUUUUGUUUUUGCCUUUGUAAUGGCAUUUUUCUAACUUUUUUUUCUAUAUAUUUUUUUAACUAAAUUUCAAAAAAUGUAUAUUUUAUAAGCUUUUUAAAAAAACAACAGAAUAAGACCAAGUAGAAUAGGAAUAAGUUCCCAAUCAAAUGAAAGUAUCAAAUUAAUGAAGUAUUAACUAAAUUAAUUUGUACUACAGAGGUGGCACAAAAGAACACAAAAGUGGCUUGUAGGUGUAUUUUCAUGUUUAAUGAGGCUCAGCGGUGGCAUGAGUGCAAUCAAAUUCAUAAAUUCAUGUUGAGAUUAAUGUUUUAAAUAUAAAAAAUUUGAAUAUAGAAAUACUAAAUUAUUUAAAUAACUGAAAAGAUACUUUAAAAAUGAAACUAAAACUGCCAGCAGGUGGCAGCAAGUCACUGAUUUAAUUACUGAAUCAUUCAUUCGAUUUGUUUGAACGGCUGAUUCAUUCAGGAAAAAAACAAGUGACGUCUUUAUAAAUGGGAAAUUGAAUCAUUGACUCAAUAGAUUCCUUUAAAAACGCACAUUCAUAAACAAACACUGCUGUGUUUCAAACUAUUUUUGACAGCGAAAAGAGCAAAAUCAGGCAAUAGUGUUAUAGUCAGACAAUGUAAGUCACUUAAUAUUAACUUCUGGUUUAUUUAACUGUUGUAUUAAAUCAAUAUCUCAUUUACAAACUCUCUUAAAAAUCAUUAUAAGCUGUCACUCAUCUUAGUUCAUUGCGAUCUCACAAAGUUGUACUAUAAUCAAUGAACCUCUUCAACUCUGUCUACACUUUUGU